AUGUCACAAGAGUUAGCAAAACAUCAUGGCAAUGUCAUCGUGGCAUCGAAUAGAAUUCCGGUCACCAUUAAGGAGGACGAAGAUGGCAAUUAUGGAUACUCCAUGUCAUCCGGAGGUCUAGUUACAGCAUUACAAGGUAUGAAAAGGCCGUUUCAAUGGUUUGGCUGGCCGGGCAUGUCCGUAGAUGAUAAAGAUGAGGCCGCCGUUAUUGAGAAGGAUUUGAAAGAGAAAUUUAACUGCUUCCCGGUGUGGCUAAGUGAUGAAGUUGCAGACCUUCACUAUAACGGAUUCUCCAACUCUAUCCUCUGGCCAUUGUUCCAUUAUCACCCUGGUGAAAUGAACUUUGACGAUGCUGCUUGGGCGGCGUAUAUUCAGGCCAACAAGCAGUUUUGCAAUGAAAUUAUAAAGAGAGUUCACGAUGGUGAUCUUGUCUGGGUACAUGAUUACCACCUUAUGCUAGUUCCUACCAUGUUGCGAGAGCAACUGAAAAAGAAGGGAUUGAAAAAUGUUCAGAUCGGAUUUUUCUUGCAUACUCCUUUCCCCUCUAGUGAGAUAUAUAGGAUUCUUCCAGUGAGAGCCGAAAUCUUGAGGGGUGUUCUGGGAUGUGAUCUCAUAGGAUUCCACACUUAUGAUUACGCUCGCCACUUUCUCAGUUCAGUCGAGAAGAUACUCAAAAUCCGCACGAACCCUCAGGGUGUUUAUUACGAUCAUAGACAAGUAACUAUUAGUGCCGAUCCCAUUGGAAUUGACGUCGACAAGUUUCUCACUGGUCUGAAGAAAGAUUCUGUUCAGGCUAGAAUACAGCAAUUGAAGCAAAUGUUUGGACCUGACACUAAGUUGAUUGUAGGUGUUGAUCGAUUAGAUUAUAUCAAGGGUGUUCCUCAGAAGUUGCACGCUUUAGACGUAUUUCUCGAAGCCCACCCUGAAUGGGUAGGAAAAGUGGUACUUAUUCAAAUUGCUGUUCCAUCAAGAGGUGAUGUUGAGGAAUAUCAGAAUUUGCGCGCCAAUGUCAACGAAUUGGUGGGCCGGAUCAAUGGUCGCUAUGGCACUGUAGAGUUUGUGCCUAUUCAUUUUCUACAUAAGUCUGUCAACUUUGAAGAGCUUAUUGCCGUAUAUGCGGCCAGUGACCUCUGUUUGGUUUCCUCAACGAGAGAUGGUAUGAAUUUGGUUAGUUUUGAGUACAUUGCCUGCCAGGAGAAAGGAAAGGGUUCGUUAGUAUUAAGUGAGUUUGCCGGUGCCGCUCAAUAUCUUAAUGGAGCCAUCAUAGUGAAUCCGUGGAAUACAGAAGAACUCGCUGAAGCCAUAUACGAAGGUUUAACUAUAAGUGAGGAAAAGAAGGCCAGUAACUUCCGCAAGAUGUUCAAGUAUAUCCGUAAGUACACUGCUAGUUAUUGGGGGGAGACUUUUGUGAAGGAGUUAUCUAGGGUUUAA